UUGUGGGUUUAUUCACGUUAUUGUCAAGCUUUGCUGUUUAUUGUUAAUACUUCCUUAUGCUUGAUCUUAUAAUUACUGAAUUAGGCGAUGUGAGAAACUUUGUGUAAACUCUGGGGUGGUCUGAUUGAGCUGAAGUCGGGUAGCUGGGCUGGAGAGCUAGCCCUUUCCCAGAACAGAGUUGGCUCAGUCUCCUCGCUAGCCACAGCUGCUAAGUCAGCACGCUAGUUGGAUUAUCUCCUGAAAAGUGUUUGGGCUGAACAGCAUGCUGACAAUAAUAAAGCAGAAUCAUAAUCACGUGUAAAUACCCCCCAAAAAAUAACCAAGAAGUGCAAGUGAUGUGAAGGGCGCUGAACUGUUAGUGAAAUCACAACAAGUUAGCUUGCUUCACACAAAUGCUAUCUAGCUAGCCUAGUUAGUUAGCUCAAGCUAAUGGGCUCUUGUUUCUGAGUACGCAAUCUAAUGAAUAGAUAGGUAGCCAAAUAUUGGCUAAAAUAUCUAUUCUGGUCUUGUUUUCACAUAUGUUUGCCUGAAAAGGUGUUCAGAAAAUGUCAAAGUUGUGUUAACUAGCUAAGUUAAUUCUCAGCUUCACUGUUCCAAUGCAAUUUGACAGACUGCUUCUGGCUGAUGUUAGCUAACAACGAAAUACAAGCUGCUGAAUUUUAAUACAAGCUGGAACAGGUGAAUGGAUGUUAAACUAGACAUUUUGGGUAUUUACUGUAAGAAUAAACUCGCUGUUGCUGAUUAUGGAGCCGAGUUUAAUGUGUUACCGAGAUGAACUGUCUUUCUCAUACAGAAGUCAACCAUGGGUCUCAAAUGCCUCUAAUCCUCCCUUGAUAAUUGUACUACAUAGUGCAUGACAUACUACCUCUUGCACACUAGCUAGUGCACCUUAACACCAAUAGGAAGUGAUUUGGAAUUUAGCCAUGGCAAAACGCUUACGUGGUCCUGGGCUCCAGAUGAUAACUGAGGAUUAGUUGUACUUGACGUCGCCCCAUGGACCAGGACAAUAAUUCAGAGGAGGAAUCUGUUGGUAUAUCAGAGGAUGACGCACAGCAACGCUAUUCACUUGAACUCUCGGACAUGGAGGCAGUUGAGGUGCUGUGGCAGAUGCGGGCUCAGCGGAGACAGACCAACCCUGACCUGCCCGACACUGUGACAAGGCUCACUACGCCAGAGGGCAGUGUGGUCUAUCUGGUGGGCACGGCUCACUUCAGCGACAGCAGCAAGAAAGAUGUAACUACGACAAUCCGUGCAGUGCAGCCGGACGUGGUGGUGGUGGAGCUGUGCCAGUACAGAGUGUCCAUGUUAAAGAUGGACGAAAAAACGCUGCUCAAGGAGGCCAAGGACAUCAACCUGGAGAAGGUCCAGCAGGCUAUCAAACAGAAUGGCAUGAUGUCAGGCCUCAUGCAGAUCCUGCUGCUAAAAGUCUCUGCUCACAUCACUGAGCAGCUGGGCAUGGCGCCUGGAGGAGAGUUUAGAGAAGCGUUCAAAGAGGCAGGUAAAGUCCCUUUCUGUAAGUUUCACCUCGGGGACAGGCCAAUCCCAGUGACGUUCAAACGUGCCAUUGCUGCUCUGAGCUUGUGGCAGAAAGCUCGGCUUGCCUGGGGCUUGUGCUUCCUGUCUGACCCCAUCAGUAAAGAGGAUGUAGAAAAGUGCAAACAGAAGGAUCUGCUGGAACAGACAAUGUCAGAGAUGAUUGGCGAGUUUCCCGCAUUGCACCGCACCAUUGUUGCAGAGCGAGACAUCUACCUCACCCACACACUCAGACAGGCUGCUCGCUGUGUUGAGGCACCACCUAAUGGCCAGAAAGUGCCUGCUGUGGUGGUGGGAGUGGUUGGAAUGGGCCAUGUUCCUGGAAUUGAGAAAAACUGGGACAAAGAGCUUAAUAUUCAUGAGAUCAUGAGUGUGGCGCCACCAUCUCGAUUUGGCUGGGUGUUGCAUACUGUGUUGAAAGGGGCCUUGCUUGGUGUUCUGGGAUAUGCCUGUUACCGUGUUGGAGGGUGUGUGGGGAGGGCGUUUCUCUCCCUGCCUGCUGUCCUAUCGCUGGAGAAUAUACGACCGCCUCCUGUCUGACCUAGAUCUUCAACAGAGACUUAAAUAAACAGUAUAUUACGCUAAACACCAAUUGCCUUAAGAUGAGAGAUGGGGCAGAUAAGAGGGUGUGAUGUGGCUCAUACUCUCGAAACAAAACUGGGAUUUUGGAAUGGGGGACCUUGGAGCAGCCCUCAGUAAUCUCCCCUCUCUUAAUUCUGCGCUCCUGCAAACAUGGGGCCGUACUGCCAAAACUCGGACAGUACUUCCUGUUCUCUUUCUCUGUUUUCUGAUUUUCUUACACUUUAAUAUAUGACAGAACUGUUUCAGUAUAGCAUGUCUACUCCCUUUGGAUUUUGUUCCUACAUUUUAAAUUAUAAUAUGGAAAGACAAAAGUGUGAAAUUACUGAAUGCCUUGGAGAUGUCUAGUCUAUCUACAUGUCUCCAUUUAGGUAGCAGAUACCAUAUGUUGAAUAUGCAACACAAAACCACCAUGAUCUACAGUUUCACUUAAUUAUGAGUAACAUGUCACUGCUGAAGUAAGCACAUAAGUGAUGCAGGACAUUUUCCAAUUCUACCGUUCAUACCAUUGCAUAAUUAAACGUAUUAAUUUUAUUUAGUAACAGUAAAUACGCAAAUUUCAUACUGUAAUAUGAUUUGUACCAAAGCAUGAUUUGCUUUUUUAAAAAAGGUUUGAAAGUUCUACAUGAAGUGAGAGAAGACUUCAAUGUUUAUGCAUCUGGUGUAAAUGCUUUUUCUUUAAAUGUAGGAGAAUGUUUGGUCUGGGGGAGCAUAAUUUCCUAUAGGUUAUGCAAAUAAUUGUCACAGACACAGUAAUCACAAUUCAGAGAAACUGCCCUUUUUAUACUUGGUCUGUUUCUAUUUUCAUGGGAAAAUGCAUCUUGCAGAGGUGAUAAAGCAUGCCAACAUUACUGAAGGACUAGUCUCACAAGCUAGACCUCUGUGGGCAGAGCGUCUGAGGCUGAGACUACUGAAGCACUAUGUCUGCGGUACCUGUAGUACUCCUUACAGUGUGGGGUUAAAUGAAAGACAAGUGUGCAGGUGGUGUUCUAGCUUGAGAUGAAGCUAUGUUCAGGUCAUCUGACAAGUGCCUCCCAUCACGUUACUUGAAAAAGGGCUAACAAACACAAGCUGACCAGAUCGAUUUGAUCACUUUCCAUCAGAUCAUAAUAAAUGUGUGGUAUUUACUCUUAAAUGACCUGUUUAAUGGAUAGUCUUGAUUACAGUCUUCAGCUUGAGCCUUUUGUAUUGCCUGAUUCGCAGGAUAAACAUUUGACAAGUAACCAGUAUCACUCGUUAUGCCAAAUUCACCCCCCUUGAACAUUUCCGUAUUUUGAAACCAACCAAAAAUCGAAAUGAGCAUAGUUGAGAUUUUACCAUUUGAUUUUCACAAUUUGGUCAUCUGUCAAUUCGCACUACCCAGCCAGCUCUCCCUAUCAUACAACAGAUGGUGAAGACUAACACGUGCUUCCUCCGAGACAAGUGAAGCCAGCCACUGCAUAUUUUUGAACUGCUGCUCAUGCUGCAUCACAGGGCAGCGUAACACACUAGGGCUUUCGGCCCUCUUCCACAUAUAACACAUCACUGAUGCCCAUGAUUGGCUAGCAUCACUGUGAUUGACAAGGGUGAAAGAGCAUGGCCAGUGUUGCUCCUGUGGCUUCCGGCCAUGGAUGAGUAUAUCGACGGCAGGAUUCAAACUCACAAUCUCCUGAUGAUAAGACAAACGUGGGUUAUUGAGUUCAAGGGGGAUGAAUACGUAUAUAAGGUACUGAAUAGUAGAAAAAAGACUGACAAUUAAAUGUCUUCAUCUAGCUGAAGAUUAUAAACUCUUAAAAUAAUUUCAAACUUGGCUAUUAUCAUUCUCUGCUUUAUUUAAUGUACUUUUGUAUCAUUCAUGUAGCAGUAUUAGAACAUAAUUCACCACAGAUCUAAACAAAUCAAUAUUUUAAAAAAAGCAAUGUUACCCUCAACUGUGCUGAAAGUUAACUUUUAUUUGAUUUUAUUUCAAACUGCCUCCAGUACUUGAAACUCCAAUUUGAAUCCCUUUUAGAGAAGCAAAUAAUGUGCAGCAAAUGUCUGUGGUUUAAUGUGUUUCAUUCUAUUCAUUACCAGUGUUCACUGUAUUAAUAAGCCCAGUGCCCAACCAAAACAACAGAACAGAACUUUAUGACCAAAUCCCCCAAUAAAAUAAGUUUUUAACUAUG